AUGCCCAAAGCAGAAGUCGGCUCCGCCAAAUAUCUGGCCAACAAGAUGAAAUCCCGCGGCCUCAACCGGCUCCGCUGGUACUGCCAACUGUGCGAGAAAUCCUGCCGCGACGAGAACGGGUACAAGAUGCACUGCCAGUCGCCCUCGCACACGGCCAAGGCGCUCGAGGCGGGCGCCAACUUCAAGGGCGUGCAAGACACCUUUUCCGAGCAGUUUCUCAAGGAUUUCAUCUCGCAGCUGAAAACCAGCCAUGGCGAGAAGGAGAUCCACAUCAACAAGUUCUACCAGGAGGUCAUUGCGCGCAAGAACCAUGUGCAUCUCAACGCGACGAAAUGGCAUUCCCUCACGGAGUUUGCAAAGUUUUUGGGCAGGGAAGGGGUGUGUAGGGUGGAGGAGAAGGAAGGGGAGGGGUUGUUUGUGGCGUGGAUUGAUGAUUCUCCGGAGGCGAUGGAGAGGAGGGAGAAGGUCAGGAGGAAGGAGAUGAUGGAUAAGGGGGAUGAGGAGAGGGAGCAGAGGGCUUUGAGGGAGCAAAUCAAGAGGGCGCAAAAGGAUGCCGAGGCAAGGGGGGUUAGCUUUGAUGCGGAGGAGGAGGAGAGGAAGGAGUUGAAGAGGAGGGAGGGGGAGAAGAUUAAAUUGAGUUUUGGAAAAUCGGCCACAACAAAGAAAGAGGAACCCGGGUCGGGGUCGGGUGAGGGUGAGAAGGGUUCGACAUUGGCGACGGCGAUGUCAACACCGGGUGCUGGAGACGGAUCGAUUCCUGCUGCUGCGGAGGAGAAGAAGGAUACCGUGACGCCACCUUCGACGACGACGACGACGACGGACGGUGUAAGCUCUGAGCAGGUCAAGGUGGAAGCAAGUUCAAAGGGCGAGGAGGCCGCCGCCAAGACGACGGCAGAAGAAAGCAAACCCGCGGUUGACUCGACUGCUGGUCCUGCUGGUCCUGCUGCUGCCGCUGCUCCCGCUACGAAGCCGGUAUCAAUGAAGUUCGGUAUGAAGCCCCAACCGAAGAACGUCUUCAAGAAUGCGUUUGCUGGGGCCCCCAAGAAGGUUAUGGCUGCUCCGCCCAAGAAGAUGAGCGAGGCCGAGAGGAUAAUGAAGGAGGAGUUGGAGCGCAAGAGGGCUCGCGAGGAGAAGGGUGGGAACUUUCCCAACAAGAAGCCACGCUUUCAGUUUUAACUUACUGUGGAGUCUCACGUGGGUAACUGGUCAAAGGUUAUGCUAUCUCCGGGUUUGGCAAUAUUUUGGCACAUGUUAUAGGGGCGUUUUCGGUGUUAAGGGAAGUGUUUAAAAAAAGAUACCAUAUUGCAUUGGGGUUUUCGUAAAAGGGAUCCGUAGCUGAUGAAUAACUCUUCCAUAUAGGUUAGGUAGUGAUAAACUC